GACUUGGAAUCGUCCCAUUGGCGCGUGACCCAAAAGUUGCCAAAAUGGCGGAGCCUGACGAAAAAUCGCCUCUUGUGGCGAGAAGAAGUUCGUCUGAAGACGAGGAAGAACUGACGGGAUGCGCCGCCAGUGCAGCCUGCGAUCCCAGGAGAACUCUGCACCGUUUUCUGGUGCUUUGGCUCAUAUGUUUCCUCAGUUUUGGAAGUUAUUUCUGCUACGAUAACCCAGCAGCCCUUCAGUCCCAAAUCAAGAAGGACAUGCAUGUGAACACAGGAACCUUCAUGACCCUGUAUGCCUGGUACUCCUGGCCAAACGUCGUCCUCUGUUUCUUUGGAGGAUUCCUGCUGGACAGAGUAUUUGGAAUCAGACUUGGAACCAUCAUCUUCAGUUUGUUUGUACUGGCUGGACAGUGUGUCUUUGCUGUUGGGGCCCAGCUGAACCUGUUCUGGCUAAUGGAAGCUGGCAGAUUUGUCUUUGGGAUCGGUGGGGAGUCCCUGGCUGUUGCACAGAACACGUACGCUGUGACCUGGUUCAGAGGAAAAGAGUUAAACAUGGUGUUUGGGCUCCAGCUCAGUUUCUCUCGAGUUGGUAGCACAGUAAACAUGAAUGUGAUGAGCCCGGUGUACCAGUGGAUAUCUACUUAUGUGGGGGAGGGGUACACCACCCUGGGGUACGCCCUGUGGGUAGGGGCAGGGACCUGUUUACUGUCCCUGUUCUGUGGGCUACUGCUGGGGUACUACGACAAGAGGGCUGCACGGAUACUCAAGAGAGAUGCCGGGAAAACUGGUGAAGUUAUCCGGAUCACUGAUGUGAAGGACUUCCCAGCUACAUUUUGGCUCAUCACAGUCAUCUGUGUGGCUUACUAUGUAGCUGUGUUCCCCUUCAUCGGACUGGGCCUUGUCUUCUUUGAAGAGAAGUUUGAUCUGAACCCAACUUCAGCCAAUGCAGUGAACAGCUUAGUGUACAUCAUCUCGGCUGGUGCAUCUCCCGUGCUGGGGUUCAUUGUGGACAAGACGGGGAAGAACGUGUUCUGGGUGAUCCUGGCCAUCCUGGUCACCCUGGCCUGUCACAUGAUGCUAGCAUUCACCUUCUGGAACCCCUACAUAGCCAUGAGCAUCAUGGGAGUGUCCUACUCACUGCUGGCAUGUGCUCUCUGGCCUAUUGUUGCAUUUAUAAUCCCAGAGAAUCAGCUGGGGACAGCCUAUGGCUUCAUGCAGUCCAUCCAGAACCUGGGUCUGGCUGUGAUCUCCAUCGUAGCAGGCUCUAUAGUAGACAAGAAGGGAUAUCUACUGCUGGAGGUGUUCUUCCUGGCCUGGCUGUGUCUGGCACUGAUAGCAGGGGUACUGCUCUAUCUGAUCGAUGCAGUCCGGGGAGGAGCCCUGAACAUGUCCACAUGGGAAAGAGAUGCACAAGAGGAGGCAGAGGAGAAGGCUAAAGCAGCGCAGGACGAAAGAGUCAGAUUUAAACCUCGAUCGGCUUUUGCACUAAGGAACAGAUUCUACUCCCGUAUUGGUGCCAAGUUGCCAGACCAUUUCGACAUCCACACCUCCAGUUUCUUCAGAAGAGGAGUUACCCAGUAGUCUCCCUGCACCAUACGCACAAGUCAUGGAACUCUGCAAGAGUAGUUUGCUUAAAAUUCUUUCAUCUGCCAGUGCACAUUACAUGUAUCUGUAUAGCCAGUAUAACCACCCAUCAGCAUAGCAGCAGAUUCUUAUGUCAUGUGCAAUUUUGAAUCCUGAUUUUUUUUUUUUUGAGGGGGAGGGGGGCUUCACAUAGCUUUUUCUCAUCUUUAUAAAUUUUUCUUCAUGAUUAAAUGGCAUCAGACAUUAAGUUCUUUUUUCUGUAUUAUACUGUUGAUACCUCGCUAUCAAUUGGACUUGAUGAUUCACUUGGAACGUAAAUUACUUGUAGAUCAUAUUAGAGAGAUAUUGAAACAGAUUAAAGUAAAUUAUCUUCCUCUUUUGUCUCUUGCGCUUACCUUGUUUUUACCAUCUGGAAUGGAGAGGUUAUUUACGCUAGAUCAUUGCAUAUUGGUGAAAUACAAAUGAACAACAGUUUACAUGUAUUUUAAAGGUCCAAUAGAUAUAAAUAUUCUUAUUUCCUUUAUGGAUAGAACUGAAUGACUAGACACUUAAAUCACGUCCAAUGUGACAAAAAGUGGAAAGCAGAAAAUACUUCACAACAGAUGUUUCCAGAUCCAGUUGUUCUGUACUAAAAACAUGGGAAUUGAUAAUGUCAACUCAAGUCAGGAUUGGAGAUAAAGAACCAAUGGUAUAGUAUUAUGUAACAAUUUAAUUAAAAAUCGUGAAAAGAAAUUAUUUUGUUGUAAG